AUGGGUCUGGAUGUGGUCCUUUCUCUUGCUGAAUUCUUUUGGCCAUGUAUCCUGUUCAUGAUUCUGACAGUGCUACGCUUUCAAGAACCUCCCAGACACAGAGACAACUGUUUUUUGCAAGCCCGGGACCUGCCCAGCCGAGGCGUCUUCCCCUUUGUGCAGGCCCUUCUCUGCAACACGGGCUCAGCCUGCAGGAACACGAGCUAUGUGGGCCCGAUGGAGCGCCAUUUGCGUUUGUCUAGGUUCCAGGCUGCGGAUGGCCGUCGCGAGAAAGUCAACGACCUGGCCUUCCUGGAAGAGAUACAGGACCUUGCCGAGGAAAUUUGUGAAAUCCUGGACAAGGCAAAAAUCCUACAGGAACUGUGGGCAGGAAGAUCCAAGGCUCCAGAUUCUUCUCCAAGCUCCAGUUUCUUAGCCAUGGAUCUCAAUAAGACCGAGGAGGUGAUCUCGAAACUGGAAAAGCUCCACCAGCAGCCCCACAUCUGGAAGUUUCUACUUCUUCUGCCAAGAUUGUACACAAACAACGUCCGCGUGGAAGACCGUCUCCGUGGCGGGGCACUCCUCCUGCAGGCGGCUUUGAAUUCCUUGACAGCUUUGGAAGAUUUAGACUGGCGGCCCCUCAACCACACUUUCUCCACGGUUUCUGAAAUCGUGCUGAACGUGACCAUUUCGACGCUGACAUUUCUGCAGGAGCACGGGAUGGCUGCCGCUGAGCCCCUAUACAACCUCUCCCUGCGGGAGCUGGUGUGGGACCCACAGAAGGUCCAGGCUGACCUCAAAUCCCGAUUUGGCUUCGAUGACCUUCACGCAGAACAAAUCCUGAAUUACUCCGCGGAAUUUCAGGAGAUUCCCACAAAGGCGGCUUUGGAGCGGAUGGUAUGUUCUGUCUUGUCCUGGACUUCCAAGGGCGAAGCUGUCACAGAGGGUCACCCCGCAGACUGUCCCCCGCGCUGGUCUGAGGCCACAGACUACCUGGUGCACGCGGUCAGCGGGCCGCGAGCGUCCAAGCAGGUGCUCCCUGGUGUUCUCCAGCAGGUGCUCGCCGGGGCCGCCCGCAGCCUGGAGGCUCUCCGAGGUCCGACUGUGGAGGGGCGGGAGCCACAGCAGGUGGUGAAGGUUCUGCAGGCUCUGCUUCCCCUCCUGAGUGACAGCUUGGUGGCAGAUGGCCCCGCCGGCAGCCACCCAUCUCCCAAGAUAGUGCUGUGUCUGCAGCAAUUGGAGAAUGUCCUUCGAGACCUGCCCCCGUGGCCCGCCCUGAAGAGACUGCUUCUGCUCCUCGGGGUGCUCAGGAACGCCGUAGCCCAGAAUUUGCGUUUUGUCCAAGCAGUGCUCACGUGCUCGGAGAGACCGGCUAACAGCUCCACACUGGGCGGACCCGAGCAAUUGCACCCAGAGAGGGACGCGUGGAAGCAGGUCUUGGUGAAGAAGGCUAUGGACAGGUGCCUAAAUGCCAGCUUGUCUGGGAAGGAGGCUCUCCGGUGUCGUGGGAACCCUGGUGCCUGCGAGCGCCUCCGGGCACUGGCGUGUCCCCAUGACACCACCAAGAGCAGCGUUUUCAACGAGCUACUACAGUCAGCGGAGGACUCAGAAGUGGAAGCGCAGCUGGAGGACCUGGGCCUUUCCUGCAGGCGGCUCUCCCGGUGGCUGGCAGCGGCCGCCUCACCCGGGGACCGCGACCUUGCCGGUGGCUGUAAGGACCAGCUUGCUGCAGCAGUGAUCUUUCGCACACUAGGAACAGUUCAGUCGUCCCUGGAGGAAACACCCGACUGGAAAGGCUUCACAGGAUUUAUCCGGAAGACUUGUGAACUGGUCCGUUCUGCGAACGUGCAAGGAAGCGUCCAGAACGGUCUGUCUGAUUUCUCUGAGGAAUCUCCUUGUUAUGAAGAAAACAUGGAUUGGGAAGCCAUCACUGAUAAUUAUUUCACAUUUUUGGGUAAUUUACUCAAGUCUCCAGCUGCUUCCAUCUCCAGAGUCUUGAAUUCCACAAAGGAACUUCUCAUGAUGGAAAAGAAGUUGCAUUCCCUCGAGGAUGAGGAAAUAAACUUUUUUUUAUCUUUUGUGAGAUUUUUGGAGGAAUUAUUGCCUGAUCCUUUCGACUCACCCAGCGUGCCCAAAUUCCAUGACCUCCCAUCUCUCAGUGAGACUCUUCUGAACACAAGCCAGUUGUGGGUCAACCAUUCAAGAAGUUUAGAGAGCGACACAUCUGCUAUUGCUACUCAGAAACUUUUGGAAUUUGGCAAAGUGGUGAUCGACAAAAUAGGGUCUCUUGAAAGUCUCUGGAUAAAGAACGAAUCAGAUAAUAUUUUGAGGUUCAUGGAAUUAGUACUUUUUGAAAUUGAUCCCAAGCUCCUGGAAUUGUGGAUGUAUGGCAUUUCAAAAGAAGAAAGAGUCAGGCUGGAAACUGUGUCUACACUUCUUAAUUUUUCAGUCACAGAAGAUGAGAGGGUUCUUACCAAGAGCCUUAACUUUUCCCAGUUGUUCCAGUCAGACUGGCCACGAUUGCCAGCUAUGGAAAUGGACUUUGUACAUUUGAGUGAAACUGUGAUAAGCAGUCUCUAUGAGCUCGGAUUUCUGAAGGAAGGACAAGUAUUUGAAGCUCUAGACACAGUCUACGCUAUAAGGAAUGCGUCUGAACUUUUCUCAGCCCUUUCUGAGCCCGAAAGACGAGCCGUGGACACGGUCUUGACUAAGAUAUAUCUAGACAUCUUCCAGGACAACGAUUCAGCUUUGCUUCUGAAGAUUUAUGCUUCAUGUUUUGAAUGUAUUUAUAAACUCUUGAGCAUUCCAAGUACAGAGGCUUUGCUAUCUUUCCUUGCACAAACCUCAGAGCGCAUCUUGGAUAUCAUAAAGCAAUUUGAUUUUCAAAACAUCGGUAAAGCAUUUGAAUUUUUGUAUGUGACAACAGGAGUUCUUGAGGGACUUUCUGAGGGAUCUCAUUGUCAGCAGUUGCUUUCAAUUUUUAACUACUUGGAGCUUCAGGCCCAAUCCCUGAUGUCUACUGAGGGCCCAGAACUGGAAGUGAUCCCUGCUACAUUGACAGGCCUCAAACAGCUGUUCUUGGUAGACAAAGAUUUCCGUAUUUCCUUCUUUCAAUACAUGAGCCAACUCUUCAACGAAUCAGUCAAAGCCCCAUUGGGCAAUGAAUGCUUUGCCUUGGAUAAUAAGAACAUCUCUUCUGUGAAUUACUCAAAAGAUAGAGGGUCUUCAUUUAUUCUUCCAUGGACACAAAUUCUUUCCAACCUCUCAGCGGAUGGCAGGACGUUCAAUGAGUUCAUGGCUGUUCACUGUACGGUCUCAUGGCUUCAGAUGUGGACUGAAAUCUGGGGAGGCGUAUCUCUUCUCUUCCAGCUUGACAUGAAUGUUUUCACUCCUCUCCAUGUUGGUCUCACUCAGCUUCUGGAUGAAUUGGAAAGUGAUGUGAGAAUUUCUGAAAGCUGCCAGGGAAUGUUUCCCACCCAUCGCCCUGCCAGACUCCUAUUGGAUUUGUUUAAAAAUGUAACUCAAGCUGAUGGCUUUCACGAUUGGGAUGAUUUUUUGACUCUCAGAGACCUCUGGGUAGUAUUGGGUGAUGCAUUAGUUGGGGUAAAGUCACUUAGCCCCGAGCAGGUAAGGAAAGCCCUUUUUACCAUGGAAACUGCCCUGCAUCAGCUAAACACAUUUCCGUUAAACACAAAUGCAAGCAGAGAGUUUUUCUAUUCUCUGCUUGACGUUUUCGUGGAAUUGAGCAACACCUCAGCAUACAUCGACAGAAACGUACAACUGAUAAAUCACUUUCUUACAAAUAACAUUACAAAUUAUGGAGUGCGGCGUGACAGUGUCCUCACUGAGCUAAGAGAAGCAAUGUUAUUGCUUCUAAAUGUGUCACAUGACCAAGAUUUAUUGUCCUGUGCCGGGAUUUUCCAAAAUGUUACCGAGUUUAUUUUGGAAGAUGGUUUAUACGUAAAUACGUCACAGAAGACAUUACGUAUUCUGGCCAUGUUAAAUUCCACAUUUUCCUCCGAGGACACGAUUAGCAAACUGAAGGGAUGCGUCACAUGGAUAGACAUCACGAACCACCUGUACGUGAUGUACAACUCCAGUGUUGCACACGACUACCUUCAGGGUAACCGGAGGAGUUUCAGAGACGUGGGAGACAAAAUUAAUUCUACACUGAAACUUGCUGCUUGGAUUCUCGGUAUGAAGGGACCUCACUGCACACUGAAUAAGUCAGAUACAAAUUGUGUGAAUAUUGUAUUGAAAAAUGUAACCGACUUUCUGAAUGUCAUACUCACCGAAGUCUUUGAAAGGGAAAAGGUACCCAAAUUUGAGAUCUUGCUAACCCUUUUCAAUAAUUCCACAAACCAAGUAAGGAUGGUUAUCAACAACCUGACGAGAGACUUUGAUUUUGUAUCUCAAUCCAACUGGACGCGUCUUACUGAAUUAAUUCUAAGACCCCUAGAGUUGUCAGAUGACAUACCUAGCCAGUUUACAAAUCUUUGGUUGCAUUUAGUAGCUCUGGGGAAGGAAAUUCAGAAACUUAUGAAAGGUAUUUCCACUCACCUCCGAGAAAAUGACUUCUCUUCUACAUCUGAAAAGUAUCUAAACCUAUUUGCUACCAGUUCAAAAGAAAAGGAUGUCAACAGUUUAGGCCAUUCCUUUUAUCAUCUAGCCAGCUACCUUCUCUUCAACCUGUCUCAUGAUCUCCAAAAUCCACCACCAGUAAUGCCCCACAAAAUCAUGAAUGCUGUAGGUCUUGCCAUCCAACUGAUUCGGGAUGUGUUCAACUCCCUGGUGCCCUCAGUUCUUCACAAUAUUCCACAAGAUCUGGGUGAUAUUCAAGUUUUCAAGAAGGUAGCGUCUCUCCUGCGCACUCUCAAGAAGACAGACAUAGACCUGUUGGUCGACCAACUUGAGCAAAUGAGCGAAAGCCUAACGGAUUUCUUUAAGAAUAUCAGUAGCUUAGGUACCCACAAUCUGGGGGCCAACCUGCUUGUAGGCUUGGUGGAAAAAUUUGUAGACAGCUCACAUUCUUGGAAUGUCAAUCAUCUGCUGAAGUUCUCACGCUUGUUCCCUAAGGAUGAUGUGAAUGUCGUGAUAGACGUGUACUACAUGCUUCCCCAUGCUGUAAGGCUCCUGCAGAGGGGAGUUGAUAAAAACAUCACAGAACUCCUCAAGGAUGUCUAUAACUUCACGCUCCUUCAUGGCAUAAGCAUUUCCAAUGUCACCAAGGAAGACUUUGCUAACAUGAUAAAAACUCUUUUGGACACAAUUGAAUUAAUAGCGGAGAAACCAGGAAUUCUUUCCGAGGCUUUCACUUGCCUUCCUGUGGUUUGGUGCUGGAAUCACACAACUUCUGGGUUUCAGCAGAAUCCAAAGUUAGAAGGCUGUAAAUCCCAUGAGCUCAUGCCAUCUUCCUUUUAUACCAAAGUGGCCAGCCUGCUCGACUACCUCCACGUCUCUCUCCCAGGUGAAGGUUUACAAUGUUUGGACAAAGGUUCACAGAAGGAGAUUACGAGGAAGAUGGUCUGUGUAAUUCGUGAACUAGUGGACUGGAAUUCCAUUCUUCUGGAGCUUUCCGAAGUCUUCCAUGUUAAAAUUUCGCUUGUGAAAACCAUGCAGGAAUUUUGGCAUAAAGUGUUACCAUUUGUCCCGUCUUUUGAAAAUCAAAGCAAUGGUAGCAUCUCUGAACUUUGUCCCAGUGGCCCCAUAAGGCAAAUUGUUUCGCAAAUCAUAGCAAAAUUAAAAAAUGUUAACUUUACAAAAAUUCCAUCAGAUGAACACAUUCUUGAUACACUAGCUAGUUUAAGCAAGAUCCUUAACCUUAGUGAAGGCACAGAGGCAUCUGUUCGAAAUAAGAUUUCCUUGAAUUUUGAAAAGAUCAUGAAGUUGCCUUCUGGGGAUCAGCACCUAGAAAAGAGCCCCCAUUCUCUAGAACCUCCAUCUGAGACAUUUCUCGAUGUGAACCUGACAGGCAGUAGUUUAGAAGCACCAUCAAGUUUUACUAAAAAAAGAGAAAAAACUUUCCACUCUUCUUACUUUGAGGAUCUAGGGAUGGAGCUUGAAGAAAUCAUGGCCAAUCUAAGCCACAACUUUCCUAUCAAACCCCAGCUUUCUGAAAUUAUCAGAGAAAUUCAGAUGCUUAAUUCAGAGACUCUUCAAAAUGUAACUUUGCAACUUGCCCAUUUUUUCGAAAGCCUGGGCUCAUCGUCAUUGAGGAUAUCAGAAGUCGUUGAAGAUUUUCUGUUGGUCGUAAAAACCUGGCUUCGUAAAUGGGCAAAGGAAGAUGAUUCUGGAAUGAUUCAAACAUUAUUUCUUCUUAUGGCCAAUGAGAGCUCAACUGAUGAUCUAGCUUUGUUGACCAACAAAGAUAUUGCUACCUUUUGGGGGCUUCUUAAAACCAUUUCUAGGGAAGGUAAUUCUGAUGUUGCCCAUCUUAUGCAACUGCUAAGCCAAGAACAGCUGACUAAUUUCUCACUUGUUCAAUUCCUUUUUGAAAGUUUCCUAAUUAAUUCAAUCAGUAAUUUAACUGGGAGGUCUCCAGAGGCAGCCUCAAAUUCAAGUGAUAGUGACCUUCACAUAAUGAAUUUUGUUAAGCUCACCUUGAACCGGACACAGUCAGAAAAUGGUGAGAAAAUAAUCCUUCCUCCGAGAAGCGUAGUGGAUUUCAUGGAACAGGUUUUGAAAACAUUCUUCUCAUUUUUGCUAGAGGAAAAUUCUGAGAACAGAAUAUCUCUUCUGCUAAAGGCCUUCCACAAAGACAUCAUUGCAGAGUUGAGUUUUGUCCCAAGGGAUAAAAUCCUAGAAAUUCUGACACUGGAUCAAUUUCUUACUGCCUCAAAAGAAGACAGACUGAUGAGCAUUUUCUCAAGUUUAAAGGAGACUCUAAAUCAUCUAGUCAAAAGUUCAUUUAUUUUAGACAAUGGACAAUUUCAUUUCGAUCAUCAUCGAGGACUGAAGUUCAUGAGAGAUUUAUUUAAUGCUCUUCUAAGGGAAACCCCAGGGAAAAAUAAGACUGAAAAUAAUUCGGAGUUUCUUGCGGCCGUGAGUCAGUUGCUUUUCCACACGAACAGCUCUGAGGAUCUCCUCCAUCUCAGUCACAAUCUUAGGUCAUCUCUCCAGCUUGUGAGAGAAAGUUCUACAGAGAUAGCACGUCUCCUGGACGUGCUUGUACACUCUCCUCACGAGGGUUUCCGUGACUUGUAUCCUACACUCCGAGAAGUUAUACUUUCCAAUCUAACUAGUUUGCUUUCCUUCAUAAAUAAUUCAUUCCCUCUAAGAAACAGGGCAACAUUAGACAUUACCAAGAGAUUGCUUGGUGUUAUCUCAAGAGCUGGUGGAGAAAGUGAUGCCCCAGAACCUCUCUUGGAGAUGUCUGAUACCCUGACCAUGCUGGUGAGGGACACUGCUGAGAUGAGAGACCUUGCCACCUCGGUGACCUCCGCUGUGGAGCUUCUCGGGCUAGCCACAAGAGUUGCCCGGAAGGUGGCCACCAUAUUUGAAACUCAUUCCAUCCCCAAUACCACUGAUGCUAUGAAAUUCUUUGACAGUCUCUAUACUGUUUUGCGACAAAGUGUUCGAAAUGUUGUGAGAAAAAUAGGUACUUUGAAGAAUGUAGACCAUUUCACAUCAGAAAAUAGAAGCAACUUGUUGACACCAUUUCUUGACUUGGCUUUUGGGAUGAUUGGGGUCAAACCUAAUAUUUUGCAAGACUCUGAUGUUAACAUGUCUGCAAGCACAUUCUCAUAUAUGAACCAGUCCAAGGACUUUUCUGAUAUUUUGAAAGAAAUCACUGAAUUUUUAACUUCUCUGAAAAGCAGUUUGGGAGACAUGGAGCAUCUUGUGGUAGCUUUUAAUAAUGGGACCCAAAUAUUUGCGAUGGAUUCACUCAGCGUAUGGGAAGAAGUUUUGGAUUGCUUAGUUCCUAUAAAUAAUAUCAUCAACCAGAUAGACUUCUUACAUCCUAAUCCACUUCCCAAUGAUAGUUACCCUCAAGAUACAACGUGGGAAAGAACCCAGGAAGUGAUCCUGUUUUUGGAUGAAAUGCUAUCACAAGACAUCAUCGGAAUUGGGACUUAUUUAAGAAGGAUGAUUGAUCUCACCUUGGAAGCUCUUUGGAGUGACUUAGAGAAGGAUGACUGGCAUGUCUCUAAUCUGUGGCUGGCAUUUGCUCAGCAUCCAGAUAACCUUUUGAAAGCCAUAGAAACAGCUGGGGAGGUCUCCGGUGGAAGAGGUGGCCCAAGUGGACCUUUGUUUUCCAACAUGUCUCUGAUUCAGAAUGUAACUCAUCAACAGCUUAAAGAAGCAGUCCAGAUCGUGUUAAAGAGAAUGGCUCUCUUGAGGAAGGAACUUCCCCUAGAUAACUCUCAGUGGAUAAAUGCCACGAGAACUUUGUUCCAGCCCAUUUUUGAGAGUCUUGUUCAUGUAGCCACUGGGAAGAAGAUCACAUUGGAAAAAGGAGAGAGGACCAAAAAGGUGGUGGCUGGUUUUCCUUCCAUCCUUCAGCUGUCAUCAAAUUUCGAGCAAUUCCUGAAGGGAUUAAUCGCUUUGAUUGAGUACUGGCAAGAGGUCCCAUUGAUGGACCAAAGCGUGGAAAUGUGUCAAAUUUUCCAGCAGCUUCAGAACCCCCCGGAAGCCAUCGUGAUCCUGCAGAAAGUGGCGGUGCUGGCUCUCCGUGUGUUCAGCAUCUUUGCAGAAAACCCUUCCUUGGCCAAGGACAUGCUGUGUGCUGCUCUGAGUUGCAAACAGGGUGGGCCGCAGCGGCUGAUCAUACCUGCUCUCCAGGGGGCCGCCCUGAUGCAUGACCACUACCAGGAAAUGCAGAAGAUGUGGUCCUCACCCCCUCAGCUCAAUUGUGAAGGUCUCAGCAGGAAUCUUUCUAGCUCCUUGGAAAGCCUCAGGAGCAGCCUGGAGCGCGCCACCGACCGGGACUGUGAAUGCCGGCCGCUGCUGGACUUGGCUCUGCAGCGUGUGCGCACGUUGGCCCAAAGCCUCGAGAAGACCUGGUUGUCCGGGAAUCCCAUGCUGACUCUUCUCAGCAAUUUCACAGUGACGGAGGAUGUAAAAGUCAAAGAUUUGGUGCAGAACAUCUCCAAGCUAACCCACGAGCUUCAGUCUUCCAUCCACAUCUCCAAAGAGACUAUCCACAGCCUUCUAGAAGCCAGCAUCUCCCGUUCACAGGUGCUCUCUGGGGCCCUCACGGUGGCCCUGUCCGAGAGGUGCGAUGCGGACACUCUCCGGUCGCUGCUGAAGCUUCCCGAGGCCCGAGGGUCCUGGGCUGCAGCGGAGGAACUGUGCAGCCUGCCCGGGCCCCACAUGUAUGCUCUGAUCGUGUCCAUGAGUCAGAACCUGAAUCUGCGCAAUGUCAUUUACAAAACUCUGAUGCCCUCGGAAGCCCACGACACACUCAGCUCCCUGUUGAAUGUGGUCUCCAGGCUCAACCACUUGCUUACCAAAGCCGGCCAUGUUCUGGAACACCUCCCCGAAUUUCUCCACGCGUAUAAGAUCACCACCUUGCUGGACAUGCCCGACUCCCAACAGGCUCCGCAGCGUGGCCCGUCCAGAAGUUCAGCCUUCGGUUCUUUCCAGAUCGUCAUGAAGAAGGUUUGCAAGGAUCAAGCAUCAUUCUUCAGUGGCUCUAACUCGUUCAUUAACUUGCCCAGAAUCAACGAGCUCCUGGGAGGGGACAAAGAAAAAUUCAACAUUCCUGAAGAUUCAACACCGUUUUGCUUGGACCUCUAUCAAGAAAUUUUGCAGUCUCCAAAUGGCGCUUUGGUGUGGUCCUUCCUAAAACCGAUAUUACAUGGAAAAAUAUUGUACACACCAAACACUCCAGAGAUUAAUGAGGUCAUUCAAAAGGCAAAUCAUACGUUCCGUUUCGUGGACAAGCUAAAGAUGUUAACAGGAGCGCUGCUGAAAAUGUCCAGCAUGUUUCAGAAUGGAGGAAAUGACCAGAUGCUCGACCAGCUGCAAGAAGCUCUGAGGAACAAGUUUAUAAGAAACUUUAUAGAGAGCCAACUGCACAUUGAUGUUGAUAAACUGACGGAAAAGCUCCAGACUUAUGGAGGGGAGCUGGACAAGAUGUUUGCCCACGGAGGUGCUGAACGCAUCCGAGUCCUCGGCCGCAUCUUGGUGAACCUCUCCUCCUGCGUGGUGCUGGACCGUUUCCAGGCACUGGAGUCUGUCGCCAGCCUGGAGGCGAAAGCCCGUGAGCUUAUGCAACAGAACAGCUUCUUGGCUAGUGUCAUAUUCAACACUUCCCUGGCAGACAGGAACUUGGGGGCCCCGUCCCUGCGGCUGGCACCCCACGUCACCUACACUAUCCGGACCAGCAUCUUAUACAGCAUGAGGACGGACUUAGUGAAAAACCCUUCCUGGAAGUUUCAUCCUCAGAGCCUACCAGCCGAUGGGUUCAAGUACAACUACAUCUUUGUCCCUUUGCAAGACAUGAUUGAGAGAGCCAUCAUCCUGGUGCAGACUGGGCAGGAGGACGUGGAACUGGCUGCGCAGACACAGGCCAUGCCGUACCCGUGCCACACCAGGGACCUAUUCUUGAACAACGUCGGCUUCUUCUUCCCUCUGAUAAUGAUGCUGACGUGGAUGGUGUCUGUGAGCAGCAUGGUCCGAAAGCUGGUUUACGAGCGAGAGAUUCAGAUAGAAGAGUACACGAGAAUGAUGGGCGUGCAUCCCACUGUCUUCUUCCUGGCCUGGUUCCUGGAGAACGUGGCUGUGUUAGCCUUGAGCAGCGUAGCACUGGCCAUCAUCCUCAAAGCGAGCGGCAUCUUCACGCACAGCAACGCCUGCAUCAUUUUCCUCUUUCUCCUGGAUUUCGGGGUGUCGGUCGUCAUGCUGAGUUACUUCCUGAGUGUGUUUUUCAGCCGAGCGAACACAGCUGCCCUCUGUACCAGCCUGGUGUACAUGAUCAGCUUUCUGCCCUACAUAGUGCUGUUGGUUCUCCAUAACCAGCUCAGUGUUGUCAUACAGACGUUUCUGUGCCUGCUCUCCACCACGGCCUUUGGACAAGGAGUGUUUUUCGUCACCUUCCUAGAAGGACAGGAAGCAGGGGUCCAGUGGAGUAACAUGUACCAGCCUCCGGAACCGUCGGGCAUGACGUUUGGCUGGGUUUGCUGGAUGAUGGCUGUCGAUUCAGGCCUUUAUUUCUUAUGUGGUUGGUACUUGAACAACUUGAUUCCCGGAAAUUUUGGCUUAAGGAAACCGUGGUAUUUUCCCUUUACUGCAUCAUACUGGAAGAAUUUGUGGGGUUUUGUGGCAAAAACACCGCAGGCGCCUGGUUCUGACCUGUCCUUCAUCAACGAGCACUUUGAUAACAAAGGGUCCGCGCUGCAGAACGGGGAGGGAAAGCCUGGAGGAGGCCCCCCGGGUGUCGCCCUGGUGUCCGUGACCAAGGAGUACGAGCCACACAAGGCAGCCGUGCGGGACCUGACCCUAACCUUCCACAGAGACCAGAUCACUGCCCUGCUGGGGACCAACGGCGCCGGGAAAACCACCGUCAUAUCUAUGCUGACGGGACUCUACGCUCCCACCUCUGGAACCAUCAUCAUCAAUGGCAGGAACCUGCAGACAGACUUGUCCUCCAUCAGAAAGGAGCUGGGCGUGUGUCCACAGCAGGGGGUCCUGUUCGACAACCUCACUGUCCGUGAGCACCUGCUGCUCUUUGCCUCUGUAAAGGCUCCACAGUGGACCUGGAAGGAGCUGAGUCAGCAAGUCAGUAGAACUCUCCAGGACGUGGAGUUAACGCAGCAUCAGCACAAACAGACCCGCGUCCUGUCUGGAGGCAUGAAGAGGAAGCUGUCCAUCGGCAUUGCCUUCAUUGGCACUUCGAGGACUGUGGUUCUGGACGAGCCGACCAGCGGGGUGGACCCUUGCUCGCGCCGUGGCAUCUGGGACAUUCUCCUCAAGUACCGUGAAGGUCGGACGAUCAUCUUCACAACCCACCACCUGGACGAGGCGGAGGCGCUCAGUGACCGCGUGGCCUUCUUGGAGCAGGGCCGGCUGCGCUGCUGUGCGCCCCCCUUCUGCCUGACUGAAGCCUAUGGCCAGGGGCUCAGCCUGACCCUCACCAAACAGCCUUCUGUUCUGGAGGCCAAUGACCCGAAGGAUAUCGCCCGAGCCACGUCUCUGAUCCAGACCUACAUCCCGCAAGCUUUCCUCAAAGACAGCAGUGGCGGGGAGCUGGUCUACGGCCUUCCCCAGGACGCGGACAGGGCCUGCUUCAAAGGGCUCUUCCAGGCCUUGGAGCAGAACCUGCACAGUCUGCGCGUGACGGGCUUCGGGAUCUCGGACACCACGCUGGAGGAGGCGCUCCCGGUUCUGCAGGCGCUCCCGGUUCCGCAGGGCGCUCCCGGUUCCGCACGCGCUCCCGGUUCCGCGCGCUCCCGGUUCCGCAGGCGCUCCCGGUUCCGCACGCGCUCCCGGUUCCGCACGCGCUCCCGGUUCCGCACGCGCUCCCGGUUCUGCAGGCGCUCGCACAGGCUGAGCGCGCCCACGGCCCGUUUGGCACAGUCAGAGGGGGUGCUGUUUACAGACACCACAGUGCAGGCCGGGUGCCGGCCGUCAUCCGCUGAACCUCAGCCACUGGUCGUCGCCACCCCUGCUCCGGAGGCCGUGCAGGUGUGGCUCUGGGGCUUGGAUAGUUGUCCUGGCUCAGAUGGCGCCUCGCUGCUCUCGCUGAUGUGGGCCCAGUCCUCGGAUCUGAACACACUGAAGCUGGGCUUGGGUUUCCAGCACCAGCUGAAUAGGGACCUCGAGCCGUUACUUAAACAGACUGCUCUGGGCGUCAUGGCACACCAUGGAAAAGACACGUCUGGUUCCAAGAAGCAGCCGGGGGCCGAGUUGGAGCCGCAGGACCAGAAGCCUCCAGAGCCUGCUCCUGGCUACUGUGAUGCCCCAGCAAGGACCCCGCCUGCGUGGGGCAGCCCGCGGCCUCUGGCUCAGGCCACCGCCCUCCUGGUUAAGCGGCUCCGCCACACACGCCGGUCCUGGAAAGGCGCCCUCUCCGACCUGCUGCUGCCCGUCCUCUUCGUGGCCUUGGCCAUGGCCUUGUUCAUGGUGAGGCCUCUGGCCAUCGACUACCCUCCCCUCAAACUGACACCAGGCCAUUACGACAGGGCUGAAGCUUCUUUUUUCAGCCGUGGGAGCGGGAGCGAGGGCCAGGAUCUCACCCACGUGCUUCUGCGGAAGUUUGGAGAUCAGGAUCCACUCUGUGCUGAUUUGAACCCAAACCUGAGGAACUCUUCAUGCUGGCGCGUGGAUCCCCCGUCUCAGGCCCGAAAGCCCGACUCCUGCGGCUGCCUGAAGUGUCCAAACACAAGCACUGGGGCUCCCUACCUGACCAACCGCCAGGGGCACACUUUGCUGGACCUGUCAGCCUUCCACCUGGAGGAGUACUUGCUGGUGCCGUCGGAGAGACCCAGGCUUGGGGGCUGGUCUUUCGGGGUGCAGAUCCCUGAUCAAGGUCAAGAUGCAAAUCCAAAUACAUCGCAGCCGGACACUCUGGCGAAGGUGUGGUACAAUCAGAAGGGCUUCCAUUCCCUACCUUCCUACUUGAAUCAUCUGAACAACCUGAUACUGUGGAGACACUUACCACCCAACCGGGACUGGAGACAAUACGGAAUAACGCUGUACAGCCAGCCGUACGGAGGGGCCUUGCUGAACGAGGACAAGAUCCUGGAGAGCAUCCGCCAGUGUGGCGUGGCACUCUGCAUCGUGCUGGGGUUCUCCAUCCUGUCUGCGUCCAUCGGGAGCUCCGUGGUGAGGGACAGGGUGAUCGGAGCCAAGAGGCUGCAGCACCUCAGCGGCCUGGGCUACAGGACGUACUGGCUCACCAACUUCCUGUAUGACAUGGUCUUCUACUUGGUUUCUGUGAGCCUGUGUGUCACCAUCAUCGUCGCCUUCCAGUUAACAGCGUUUACUUUCCGCGAGAACUUGGCAGCCACGGCCCUCCUGCUGGUGCUUUUCGGAUACGCAACUCUCCCGUGGAUGUAUCUGAUGUCCCGGAUCUUCCCCAGUUCGGAUGUGGCUUUUAUCUCCUACGUGUCCCUGAACUUCAUCUUCGGGCUCUGCACCAUGCUGAUGACCACCACGCCCCGGCUGCUGGCCAUCGUCUCCAAGGCUCAGAAUUUACAGAACAUCUAUGACGUCCUCAAGUGGGUCUUCACCAUUUUCCCUCAGUUCUGCCUGGGGCAGGGACUCAUAGAACUCUGUUACAAUCAGAUCAAGUAUGACCUGACCCACAACUUCGGCAUCGAUUCCUACAUGAGCCCCUUUGAGAUGAACUUCCUGGGCUGGAUCUUCGUACAGCUGGCCUUGCAAGGCACGGUGCUUCUCCUCCUGAGGAUUGUGCUGCACUGGGACCUUCUGCAGCGGCCAUGGGGUCAGUCUGUUAUUCAAGGCACAGUCACAUCUUCCAAGGACAUAGACGUGGAAAAAGAGCAAAUAAGAGUGUUGAAAGGAAGAACUAGUGAAGACCUUCUCGUGCUAUACAACCUUAGUAAAAGCUACGGAAGCUUCUUCAAGAGGACCACUGCUGUGCAAGAUAUUAGUUUGGGCAUACGGAGAGGAGAGUGCUUUGGGCUCCUGGGGCCCAACGGGGCCGGGAAGAGCACCACAUUCAAGAUGCUGAACGGGGACACCCCUCCGACCUCAGGACGUGCCGUCGCCAGGACUCCCACAGGAGAGGUCGUGGAUCUGGCUUCAGCGGGUGCCGCCGGCGUUCGCAUUGGCUACUGUCCGCAGCAGGAUGCCCUGGACGAGCUCCUCACCGGCUGGGAACACCUUCAGUAUUACUGCUGCCUCCGGGGGAUUCCCAAGCUGAGCAUCCCUCAUGUAGCCAGGGACCUUGUGAGGCGUCUACACUUGGAGGCCCACGUGGACAAACUGGUGGCCACCUACAGCGGGGGAACCAAGCGGAAGCUCUCUACAGCCUUGGCCCUGCUGGGCAAACCUGACCUGCUGCUGCUGGACGAGCCCAGCUCCGGGAUGGAUCCCUGCUCCAAGCGGCACCUGUGGAAUACGAUACUGCAAGAGGCCCGGGGAGGCUGUGCGGUGGUGCUGACCUCCCACAGCAUGGAGGAGUGUGAGGCUCUUUGCACGAGACUAGCCAUAAUGGUCAAGGGCAGCUUCAGGUGCCUCGGCUCCCCACAGCACCUUAAGGACAGGUUUGGUGAUGGGUAUUCAGUGAAGAUUUGGCUCGGUCAGGAAACAAAUCGGCACAACGUGAUUUCGGACUGCUUGAAGCUCCAUUUUCCAGGGAUCCAGUUUAAGGGGCAGCGCCUGAAUUUGUUGGAAUACCAUGUUCCGAAACAGUGGGAAUGCUUAGCAGACCUGUUCCACGUUCUAGAGAACAACAAGACCUUGCUGCAUAUCAAACGCUACUCCAUCAACCCAACCACUUUGGAACAGGUAUUUAUUAAUUUUGCUACUGAGCUACCGAAAUCUUCACCAUCUAGCGCGGCUGCCCCCACUGGCUCUUACCAGCCCCCUCACCUGCCUGUCUAA